GACAUGCGCUCAGGUAAACAAGGAGGAAACCCGAUCAAUUUUCUCUGCUGUUGAGGAUCGCCCAAGUUUUUUGACGUUAAUCCUCUACAGUUCGAAAAUUGUGUGGACCCGUCUCAGAAAUGUUUAUAAGAAAAUAUUAUGUAGUGUGAAUCAAUUGUGCACAAUUAUCUAAGUUCCGGACAUUCCAAAAAUUACGUAUUCCAUCUGAUUUAUCUCUCGAACAACCUGAUAAGCUAAACACCACACGAUGCCUGCUCCACCUGCUCCCGCUGCCGAAAAUGGCGCCCCUAAAACAGAAAUUCAGGAACUUCAAAUGCGGAUAGGUACAGCAACAGAUGAGUCAUUGGAAUCAACAAGACGGAUGCUUGCUCUUUGCGAGGAGAGCCACGAGGUGGGGAUGAAAACCCUGGUCAUGCUGGAUGAACAGGGCGAACAAUUGGACAGAAUCGAGGAUGGAAUGGACCAGAUCAACACCGACAUGCGGGAGGCGGAGAAAAACCUGACUGGUAUGGAAAAAUGCUGUGGUCUAUGCGUUCUUCCAUGCCAGAAAGGUUCCUCCUUCAAAGAGGACGAGGGAACUUGGAAGGGUAACGAUGACGGCAAGGUGGUCAACAACCAGCCGCAACGCAUGAUGGACGAUCGCAACGGCAUGGGUCCCCAGGGCGGAUACAUUGGCCGCAUCACCAACGACGCCCGCGAAGAGGAGAUGGAAGAGAACAUGGGACAGGUGAACACCAUGAUCGGCAAUCUACGUAACAUGGCCAUCGACAUGGGCUCCGAACUGGAGAACCAGAACAGACAGAUCGACCGCAUCAAUCUCAAGGCCGACUCGAAUGCAACGAGGAUAGAGGUCGCCAAUCAACGUGCUCACGAUCUCCUCAAGUAGACACUUCUAAACAACACAAACACUUCAAUAAUAUUAUUACUAUCAUCAUUAUUAUUACCCGACUGUAGUUCUGAAUCUUUGGAGACUUUAAAAGUGCUUCUCGAUCUUACAUAUCCCAAAAUCAUUUCCUGGUUAAUAUUCAUCAAUGAUUAUGUAGUAGACUAGUCAUUAUCCACUCAGGUCCUCAAAAGAACUAAAGAUCUGCAGGUGCAUUUCAGCAGUAGGGAAGUUUUUUCCGAUGAUUUUUUUACACGAAAUAUUUCAAAAUUUCUUCUUUUCAUCAGUGCGUGACCUUAAAUUUGUGCUUCCAGAGUUGUAACUGUUGAGUUUGAAUAAACUCAGGAACAAACUUCUCUGUUCGAUAAUUUAGAUCGCUUUGUUUUUAUACUGCGAGCUUGAUUGAAGUUUGAAGAUAAGCUUGGCAUUCGCUUAAAGCAAAAUUGAGUGGUAGUUGUUUUUAUCUUAAUAUUUGCUACUGUUAAUGUAUAGUCGUCUCAUUUUUAUAUUUAUUUCAAGACUGAACUGAAAUUAUUCAUGAUUUGAAAUCGACUUCGAAUCAUGAUAACUGUGUGGUAAUGUGAUUUUUGAUGUCUUGAUAUUUGUAAUAAUGUAGGGGGGUUCAAUUCGAAUUGUCUCGAUUGUACAGUAUGAGAUUCAGAGCUGCAGGUCGAAAGUGUACCAUCAAUUUUGUAUGUAAUCUGUUGGUUAGGGCGAGAGCAACGAAACGCGCAUCGCAGUGGCAAACCAGCGUGCCAACAAACUCCUCAAGUCUUAAGUGGGACACAAACAAGUCAUCUUUUCUUUCGCUCAUAUUUCCUGCUCUGUAUUAUUUGUACGUAUUAACUUUACGCUUGUUACCUAGAUUUCAUUUGGAGGGGCUUGGUGUUAUUUAAAUGUAUAGUGGGAUUGAUAGUUGUUAUUCUCGCUUUGUUGUUUUCUUUGAAAUCUCCUCGAAGCAAGAUUCAAGUUCGAUAUUUCACUUUAACAACAAAGCUAGAAUAAUUCAGAAAUUUCUAAUAAUUCUCUCUAUUCUAAUAUUGAGAUCAAACGCAAUUGAUUAUAUUGUGAUACAUUGUCCAUCAUUUAGAAUUGUUGAGAAAGAUUAUAAGUAAUGUUGAAAUUCAAAGAUUAUAAUGAUGAAAUCGGAUUGAUAUUGAUUGGCAGAUUUUAGUAAAUAGUUUAAUAUACAUAGACAGAAAUUUUUAUAUUUGCAACCGCUAAAAUCAGUUCACCUCAUUUUUUCAAGAUCUUGUUAUGCGCUAGUCAUUUUUCAGGGCACAAUUACUUAUGAACAAGUAUUUUCUGAACUUCAAGUACGAAAUUUUUCUAACCUCAAGCAUUUGUUUUUCGAGUAGGAAUAGCUUCAAGGCUAGUUUUCGAAAAUUUUUGAGAGUUUGUAUCCAAUAAUAAAAGAAAUGGUUAGGUGAUAUACGCUUAAAGUAGUGUCUGAUUUUAUUGUUCCUUUCUAUUAACGUUGAAAGUGCUUUUUAGUGUUAUUUUUUUAAAUAAAUGUUGGGUAGGUGAAAAUGGUACAUUCAAGGAAAAUCAAAUGACUAGAAGUAAAAAAAUUCCAUAAAUUCGUUAAUAAUUAUUGUAAUACUAAUUAUUUUGUAAGGUUACAUGUAUCUAUUGUUGAGUUUUCCUAAUAUAUGUGUUAUCAGAUCCCAGUUUGAGUGUUAUGAAUGAAGGAUUUCUGAAUAAUAAAGCGAUAAAAAUAUA